AUGUGGACUAGUCAUGGGGAAACACACAACAAUUUUGGUAGAUCUCAGAACUUUGAAGUCGGUGAAAGUAGUAGGAGGGCAGAACGUAAUGUCCAAAAUUCUAGAAUGCACGACAUGGUUCAGGAUGCCUAUGGCAUGCAUUCAGAUUUUGAAUCUGGUGGCCAUGUUGAAGAACCUCCCAAUGAAGAGGCCAAACGUUUUUAUGCAAAGUUAAAUCAAGCUAGCCAACCCUUAAAAGAUGGGAGUCCGCACUCUCAAUUGUCUGUCGCCGUUAGAUUGUUGAGUAUCAAAGCAGAUAACAAUGUUUCUGAAGGGGCAAUGGAUUCUUUCAUUGACCUCAUACAUGAAUUACUUGACUCCACUCUAGAGAUACUCGAUAAUUACUAUAAGGCAAAGACAUUGGUGUCCAAGUUGGGACUCUCGUCGGUCAGAAUUGAUUACUGUGAAAAUGGUUGCAUGUUAUACUAUAAGGACGACGUCGGUCUAGAAUCUUGUAAGUUUUGUGGUAGUAAUCGGUUUAAGCAGACUCGCAGUGGGAAAAGCGUUGUUGUUAAGGAGAUGCAUUAUUUACCACUUAUACCAAGGUUAAAGAGGUUUUAUGCAUCUAAUAGUCCCGCCCUUCAUAUGAGAUGGCACAGUGAAAAUAGAAGGCCACCAGGUGUUAUGUGUCAUCCAUCUGAUGGUGAGGCUUGGCAGCAUUUUGAUAGAACCUAUCCAGACUUUGCAGUUGAACCACGUAACGUCAUGUUGGGUUUAUGUUUAGACGGAUUCACUCCGCAUUCUAUUUCUGCUGCUCCGUAUUCUUGCUGGCCCGUGUUCAUAACCCCGUAUAAUCUUCCUCCUGAGAUGUGUAUGACUAGUCCAUAUAUAUUCCUUAACUACAUUAUUCCUGGCCCUCGUAAUCCAAAAGUUUUGAUUGAUGUGUACUUGCAACCACUGGUUGAUGAACUGAAACAGUUGUGGGCUGUAGGGGUUGAGACAUAUGACAUUUCGCGCAAGCAGAAUUGUAAUUUGAGGGCCACUUUAAUGUGGACUAUUAAUGAUUUUCCUACAUACGGGAUGUUGUCCGGAUGGAUGACAGCCGGAAAGUUAGCAUGUCCUUACUGCAUGGAGAAUACUAAGUCCUUCACUUUAAAAAACGGCAAAAAAAAAUCAUGGUUUGAUUGUCACCGUCGGUUCUUGCCGAUGGAUCACCCCUUUAGGAGAAUGAAAAAUGCAUUCAAGAAUAAUACAAUUGAACAAGACUGUCCACCUCCAAUAUUGUCUGGUGAGGAUAUCUGGGAGAGAGUUCAGAACCUCCCAAAGGUUACUGAAGAAGAACCGUACAUGUUUGAAGGGUAUGGGGACAAGACCAAAGAUAAUGUUAAGGCUAGAAUGGAAUUGCAUGAGUAUUGUCGACGAAAAGAGUUAGAGUUGCAGCCGAAACAAAACAGGUUCUUCAAGCCUAAGGCUAACUAUUCUUUCACAACCGAGCAGAAGCGUAAGAUUUGUGAGUGGGUCCGGGACUUGAAGAUGCCAGAUGGGCUUGUAUCAAAUUUUAGAACACGUGUUGAUUUGGACCAAGGGAGGAUACAAGGGAUGAAAAGUCAUGACUGUCACGUUUUCAUGGAAACCUUACUCCCAAUUGCAUUUAGUGGCUUGCCUGAACGAAUCUGGAAACCUAUGACAGAAAUUAGUUUGUUCUUCAAUGACUUGUGUUCCAGUACGUUGAGGGAAGAUAACCUUUCUCGGAUGGAUUAUAAUAUUCCUGUUAUCACAAACAAGUUGGAGAGGAUUCUUCCUCCAGGGUUCUUUGAUGUGAUGGAACAUGUUGCCGUUCACCUUGUAUACGAAGCUCGACUCGGAGGCCCAGUACAAUAUAGGUGGAUGUAUCAUUUCGAGAGGUAUUGA